GCUUCACUGGUACGGAUGGGCCGCUGCCCCCUGGAGCAUCAUGACGGCAGGAUGACCACGGCUGAGGCAGCAGCAAGGGUUGGCGGUGCCCAGGCGGCUGGGCGCAUCGAGUGGCGCCUCGGCAGCCCCCAGGACCUCAGGAGGCCUGGCCGGGUCCGGGUGGCGUUGGUGGCACUGGUGUGGCUACUGACGGGAGCCAGCAUGUCAAGCCUCAACAAGUGGAUCUUCACAGUGCAUGGUUUCGGACGGCCCCUGCUGCUCUCGGCACUGCACAUGCUGGUGGCGGCGCUGGCAUGUCACUGGGGGGCACAGCGCCCCUUACCGGGCCGCACUCGCUGCCGGGUGCUGCUUCUCAGCCUCACCUUCGGCACCUCUAUGGCCUGCGGCAACGUGGGCUUAAGCACUGUACCCCUGGACCUGGCACAACUGGCUACUACCAUCACGCCGCUGUUCACCUUGGCUCUGUCAGCAUUGCUGCUCGGCAGGCGCCACCACCCGCUGCAGUUCAUAGCCAUGGGCCCGCUCUGCCUGGGGGCCGCCUGCAGCCUGGCUGGAGAACUCAGGAUGCCCCCGGCUGGCUAUGGCUUCUUACUGGCAGCUACCUGUCUCCGAGGCCUCAAGUCCAUCCAGCAAAGUGGCCUGCUGCAGGAGGAGAAACUGGAUGCGGUGACUCUGUUGUAUGCCACCUCACUGCCCAGCUUCUGCCUGCUGGCGGGGGCUGCCCUGGUGCUGGAGGCUGGUGUCGCCCCACCGCCUGCUCUCACGGACUCUCGACUCUGGGCCUGCAUCCUGCUCAGCUGCCUCCUAUCCGUGCUCUAUAACCUGGCCAGCUUCUCCCUGCUGGCCCUCACCUCUGCCCUCACCGUCCACGUCCUGGGCAAUCUCACCAUUGUGGGCAAUCUCGUCCUGUCCCGGCUUCUGUUUGGCAGCCACCUCAGCACUCCCAGCUACAUGGGCAUUGCACUCACCCUUUCUGGAAUGUUCCUUUACCAUCACUGCGAGUUUGUGGCCUCCUGGGCUGCCCGCCGGGGGCUGUGGCGGAGGGCCAGUCUGGCAAGGGUCUUUGAGACCCAGGUGAACUUUGGUCCACCUGUGACUGCACCUAACUGA